AUGAGAGUUCUUUCGCAGGAAAUGAUGAUUGCUGGCUUUGCCUUAACGAGCUUGUUGCUUGUGGCGCUUAUUGUUUUCUUCAUUGUCCGGUCGAAGCGGAAUAAGGACAAUGAGGAGUUUGGCAGGUUUGGAAACAACGGUAGUAUUGCUGGAGAGUCCGUGGAGGUUCAGGUGAGUCAGCCGGUGAAAAGAGAAGGGGUACCAGCUGUGACGACGGUAGUUAGCAGAAAAGGAUCAAGUAAGAGGGGAUCUUGUCAUGGAGGAAGCAAGGGGGUAGGGGAGCUUGUGGUUGUGAAUGAUGAGAAGGGGGUUUUUGGGUUGUCAGAUUUGAUGAAGGCGGCGGCGGAAGUGCUAGGAAAUGGUGGGCUUGGGUCUUGUUAUAAGGCUGUGAUGUCUAAUGGGGUGGCGGUGGUGGUGAAGAGGACAAGGGAGAUGAAUGCGUUGGAGAAAAAAAGUUUUGAUACUGAGAUUUGUAGGCUUGGGAGGCUAAAACAUUUGAAUAUCUUGAAUAUCUUCAAGAAUCCUAUUCUCUUAAUCAUUACUCCAUCUGUAAAUAUAAGUAAGCUUUGA